CAAGAGCACAUCCGAACGGUUUUGGAGGAAGGCCUCUCUCUCUCUUCUGAGAACGGGAGAAACCCUGAUGAUGAACGGCGCAGAGAAGGAAGGUAUCGCCAGAAUUGUUGGAGACCCGGCGGCGGAGACCCGGGUCUCCACACCUCCUCCUCCGCCGCUCUUGCAAGCCCGCCGCCUCCACAACUUCUCCUUCCCGACCCUCAGCUGGGGAGGCCAGCGCUUGCUCCGGUGCUCCAAACUCCCCGACCCCGUAACCUCUGCGGAUAUUGCCGAAUCGGGCGAUCAGAACCAUCGGACUGCCCGGAUUAAAUCUUUUCCGCCGAGGCCGUACCCGUGCGAUCACGAUGGGAGGGAGGAGGAGACGAGAGGAAGAGAGGCGGAGAAGACCUCCGCUUGUGCUGCGGCGACGGCGGAGGCCGCCAGACACUGGAGCUUGAGGACGAGAAGUGCAGCAUGCAAUGCCCCAGCUGUGGGGCGGCCCGGGAUUAAUGGUUCUUGUUAUAAGGCUCUAGUGGUGAAGAAGGCUGAUCCUCCAAGGAAGGUGGUGAGGCUGCGAUCUGAUGAAUCAAAGAAGGGAGAGAUGACAAAGUUCUCGAUCUCGCUGUCUCGUGCGGAGAUUGAGGACGACUUCUUUGCCAUCAAGGGGACGAAGCCCCCUCGAAGGCCAAAGACAAGGGCUAAGAUUAUUCAGCGCGAACUGGACUCACUUUUCCCUGGUUUGUGGCUGUCAGAAAUAACUCGGGAGACGUAUAAAAUUGUCGAAUAAGGUGGAACGUAAUUCUUUAAUGGUCGGACAUCUACCUGCGACAACAGGAAAAAAAGCAGUUGGACAAUUUGAUGAAGAAAAGUGGUCUUCUGGAGGAAAGAUACAAGCUUAUCAAUUGCUGCCGGUUACUGUUUCGUCUAAUCAUGGCCAACUCAGUUAUGUAUCACACACCCCGUUCAUUUGUAAAUUGUAUGGUUAAAUGUAAUGAACAAGUGUGCAUUUUAUCUAUGUUAAAAGGUUUAUUCUUUACAUUGUUGUCCAAUUUGAUUUCUUUGCUGAGUUUCUUUUGAAUUUCAGAGAUUUUUUUCUUAAGUGAAAAGUACAAAAAUAGCUAGGAUAAGAUAAUAUAUUCGACUUCUUGACUUGUUUCUCAUUAUACGAUUAUAUCAGAAGAGGCACAGAAAUC